CGAUGGUACAGCAGAGACUGCACGCGUUCGCGGCGCCCCGAUUUCCUAUAACCCGUCCAUAAAGCCAGCAUGACACCGGAACAGUCAUUAUCGAUAUGCCGCGUUCUUCCCCAGACCCUUUCGUUGCGUCCCCUUCCUCCCCGAGCAACCCCGUGAAGAAACAUUCCUGCUACACCUACCGCCAACUGCAGCUCCUUCGGCAAAGUUCGACAGCCUCUCCGCUCCGGGUAAUCGCCCAUGUUGAUCUGGAUGCUUUCUACGCUCAAUGCGAGAUGGUGCGGCUGCAAACGCCGCGAGAAAUACCCCUCGCAGUCCGGCAGUGGGACUCGCUUAUCGCGAUCAACUAUCCAGCGCGAGCUUUUGGGAUAACCCGGAUGAUUUCCGCGAAGGAAGCGCGAAAUCUUUGUCCGGAAGUUGUUUUGCAGCAUGUUGCUACGUUCCGAGAAGGCGAAGGUGGGAAAUGGGCGUACAGGGAUGAUGCUUAUAAGAGGAUGAAUACGGAUAAAGUGUGUUUGGAUCCGUAUCGGGCGGAAUCUCGCAAGAUCUUGAAAGUUAUGAGGGAGGAUCUGGCGAGGUGGUAUGCAGAUCUGGUAGAGGGAGAACAGGGACUGGGUCCCCAGGUUCAGAUACAGCAAGCGAACGUUGAAAAAGCCAGCGUCGAUGAAGUUUUCAUCGAUUUGUCCCCGCUGGUUUAUGGAGUCCUUCUUCAGCGGUAUCCAGAAUUACGGAACGGACCUGAUUGUGAUGACCGUAUCGCUUUGCUGCCCCGCCCUCCUACAACGGCGCUGGAAUGGAACCAGGGUGAUUGCCUAGUAGAUUUAGAUGAUAACGAAACGGAGGUGGAUGAUCCCGAUUGGGAUGAUAUUGCAAUGCUUAUAGGGUCCGAAAUUGUUCGAUCGGUUCGCACAGCUGUCUGGGAUAAACUGAGAUAUACGUGCUCUGCAGGUAUUGCAAAGAACAAGAUGAUGGCAAAACUGGGGAGCUCCAGUAACAAACCGGACAAACAGACCAUUGUGCGCAAUCGUGCCAUCCAGAAGUUUUUGGCGGGCUUUAAGUUUACCAAAAUACGAAUGCUUGGGGGCAAACUGGGGGAUCAGGUUACGGCUCUAUUUGGGACCGAGCAAGUCAGCGACCUUUUACAGGUUACGGUAGAACAGUUCCGGGCCAAACUGGAUGAUGAUACUGCUAAUUGGCUAUAUGGAAUCAUCCGCGGCGAGGAUCGGAGCGAAGUCAACCCCAGGACACAAAUUAAAUCUAUGCUAUCCGCAAAGUCUUUCAGACCGAGUAUCAACUCCAUCGAGCAGGCGGAAAGGUGGCUGCGGAUCUUUGCAGCCGAUAUCUAUGGACGUCUUGUGGAGGAUGGUGUGCUUGAGCACCGACGCCGUCCGAAGACUAUCGCUCUGCAUCAUAGGCAAGGUGCACAGGUUCGCUCUCGCCAAAGCCCCAUUCCUGGCUCAACGCCGAUCGACGAAACAUUACUUUUCGAACUCGGUAGGACAUUGCUCCGGCAAGUUAUCGGUGAUGGACGUGCCUGGCCUUGCGCAAAUUUGUCUCUGAGCGUCGGUGGGUUUGAAGAUGGGGUUGGCAAUAACAAAGCAAUAGAUUCAUUCCUUCUCAAGGGAGACCAGGCUAAGUACAUCGGUCAUUCUGCAAAGGACCGUGCUACAGAAAGCCUACCAGAGAUGCUAGAACCAAGUGAGAAACGGAGAAAAGUUGAGGAAGAUGGCAUAAAACGCUUCUUCAACCAAGCUCCCGGAAUCAGCACAAAGCAACAGCUGAGCGAAGGUGAAUCGGUGAUACUCGCGACGGGUCCCGAAGAAAACAGAGAAAGCAUGCUUCCAUCCGUGGAUCCAUGUAAUACUGAGCUGGCAGGACUGGCGACGGGAUUCUAUAUUUGUGAUCGUUGCGGCAAUUCGGUACCGGACGUUGAGAGGAACGAACACGAUGACUGGCAUUUUGCUAAGGAGUUAGAAAGAGAAGAAAGGCAAGCAGCCAUGAGAUCCCAGCAAACAGCACGCCCGCCAAAUAAUACGAGAUCCUCUAGCGCUCGCGGCAGACCUGGCCGUAAUAAUCGGGGUAAACCUGAGAAAGGGCAAAGGCGUCUCGCCUUCGGAUAAUGCCAUUGAAUUCGACUCGCUUAUCCCUCCUAACAUCUAGAUCGGCUGGGCGAACAAAAAGAAUUUUUGCUCAUUCAGGCGAGCCUGAUUUCCCCGAGGUUUGUCUGCGCCUGUUCCAGUCGUUGGGCCGGGGGGGGGGGGGAGAUAACAUGCUAUUGUCUCUUUUCCCCC